CAUCUAGUUGUUAAAGGACUCAUUAAUAACUAUGGUAUGGUGAAGCAGUGUGUAAUAGAUUGAUAAUUGACAUGAUGAUAAAUAGGAGAGAGGGAAGAUUUGUUUAUUGUAAAAAGUUUAUUUUGUUGAAUUAUUCUAUUGGAAAAUGUAUUUAGAUGUCUUGUUUUCGACCCAAAUCAGUAAACAUAUUAACCAGCAUCAUCUUAGUUAAUUUAUUAAUUUACUAGACCUACUGUUGACCAAUAAUAACUUGUGUUUGGGUUGACAAGGUUGACAAAAGAGGAAGAAAUAAAGCACAGAACAGAAUGAUCAAGGAAUGAAGAGGAAGUUACACACAACUGUCUGGUCCACAAGCCUGAAUCCCAAAUGGCAUCCUAUUCCCUAUGUAGUGCAGAUAAAGAGAAUAUGGUGCCAUUUGUUUCACAUCCCAAUAGUCUCCUUCUUAUUGGUGGAUAGAGCCUUGAAACAUCCUGUCAUCAGCUGUGGGCCACAGACAGAGUGAUUUCCCAGAAAACAGAAAAGUACAGGAUUUAGACACAUGAGACCAACUACUGCUCAGUCAGUUAGAAAGUUAAGAUGGCCGACUACGUCAACAAACAGGUGAUUGAAUUGAACAAAGUUACUGAAGAAAACCGGAAGAGAUUAACGAGGAGCGUGAAGACUGAGACCCAUCUCUCAGAUGGAAGACUAAGACUCUACAGGCUGGCUGCUGUGUGUUUAGGAGUGCUGUGUGCUCUACAAGUCACUCUCAACAUCUCCCUGAGGCUGGCUUUCUCCGGCUCUAACGACGAGAGAAACCAGUUAGAGACCUGUUACAACACCACCAGCCUGCCGCAAGACAGAGACCAGUCAGAUACCAGUAGUCGUGUCAUUGACCUGUGUACAGAAAGAGACCAGCUGCAGAAGGAGAGAGACCAGUGCCGGAAGAACAUGAACCAGCUAGAGAGGAUGAGAGGCCAGUUACUGAGGGAGAGAGACCAGUUACAGAGUGAGAGAGACCAGUUACUAAAGGAGAGAGACCAGUUACAGAGUGAGAGAGACCAGUUACUAAAGGAGAGAGACCAGUUACUAAAGGAGAGAGACCAGUUACAGAGUGAGAGAGACCAGUUACAGAGUGAGAGAGACCAGUUACGGAGUGAGAGAGACCAGUUACGGAGUGAGAGAGACCAGUCAGAGAAAACAGAUGACAAAAUACAGUUACAGGAGCGUAAUAAUGCCCUGACUAAAGACAGGGACAUGUUGAGAGACAGGGUCAGUGUUCUGACCAAUGAGAAGGUGGCGCUGGAGAAGAGGCUCUCUGUGAGUGAGCUAAAUAUUUGUCCGAAAAUCUGCAAUUGUUGUCCGGAGGGUUGGAUGCUGUUGGGAUCCAGCUGUUACUUCCUGUCGACUCAGCAGAAAACCUGGGAACAGAGCAGACUGGACUGUCUGAACAGAGGAGCAGACCUGAUGAUCAUAAACAGCAAGGAGGAACAAAAGUUUCUCUGUGGCCUCAACAAGAUUGUCUGGAUUGGUCUGACUGACUCCGUUACUGGGAGGACACGGAAAUGGAUGCAUGGCACACCACUGACCACGGCAAGCUAUUGGAGGAGUGGAGGCCCUUAUGGUGGUGGAGUGGAGAACUGUGUGGUUGUACGUUACUGGUCAUCAGGAUACAGAAAAGGGUGGGACUAUCAGUGUUCAAAUCCACAGUUCUGGAUCUGUGAAAAAGGCCUCUUGUAGGUACUGCUGUUUAAGGAACUCUGAAGACGGAUUCUAUAUUUUGUUAGAAUGGCACUCUGAACUAGACUUUGGAAAGAAAGGCACACACACACACACACACACACACACACAAGCAUGAACACAUACAAAACAAAUGAGGUAUAUAUCACCCAAUAGCUGCUGUCAAUGUUUAAAUGUACAGUUCAUUAUGUAGCAUUGCAUGUAGGCUGUACACAAUUCUCUCUCUCUACCGCUACCUUUCUCAUGUUGAUGGUUGUUUACACUGUUGAAAGGUUACGUGAUGAUUCCACCUAGUGGUUAACGUGAGAGAUGGACUCACCAUAGAGUUGAAAAAGUGGUAUUACAGACUGGCCUACUGGCUUUUCCUCAAUUCAUCCUUCCUCGAUUACUCCUCGCAUCCUCUCUCCUCCCCUCCUUCUCAAAACACAUUGGAGAAUACAUUCCUCGGGGAGGGACCUUCUCCUCUAAUACUGGUGAGGAGGAGAGGAUUUUAUGUUAAGAUUUAGAUGAGUGUGUAGACACACCACACUCUAAAAUGCUUGUAUUCAUUGUUUUUAUUAGCAACAUGUCAUGUGAUUUGCCAUGCUUCCGCUAAGUUCAUUAAUCAUUUUUCUCUAUUUUUUUCAUGAUCGAUUAUUAUCAUCAAUCCUUUUUAUAAUGAGAAGAACAAAGGCACAGAUUAAUAAAUAAAUGAACAAUGUCCCCUGACGUCUACCAGCUUCCUGAUUGAAUGUGAUUGGAUCGUUUAAGUGUGACCUGCAGUUGGACACAGAUGACAGAACAGGACUUAGAGGACACACACUGUGUGCAGGCAGACAUACACACAUGCACGAACGCAC